CUGCUGCUCACUCAUACACACUCCUUGUGUAUGUGUAGCACAGAAAUUUGUUAAUAUGUUCAAAUUUUGUCUGGGAUCAAUGCUAAAGUAAGGCAGCUGCAUUUUUGUUCUUCAUUAAAGGACACUAUGAACUGGACUACCAUGCCUGGGAAUGUAAGUGUAAGCUGUGUGGUGCCUUACGACGAGGGCCGUAUUCCACUCCUGGUGCUCUACAUUGCUGUGCUGCUUGUGGGGUUCCCGGCCAACCUGGUGACCAUUUAUCUGACCAUCCACAAGGUACUCUGCAACAAUGUUCUGGCCAUCUACCUGCUGAGUCUGUCGUUAAGUGACCUCACCUACCUGUUGACGCUGCCUGUGUGGGCUGUUUACGUCAACAGCAGCCACCACUGGCCAUGGAGUUCUCUGGCGUGCCAGGUUACGGGGUACGUCUUUUUCACCAACAUGUACAUCAGCAUCUUCCUGCUCUGCUGUAUCUCUAUAGAUCGCUAUGUGGCAGUGGUCUAUGCUUUGGAGUCACGUGGGCUCCGGCAUCAGAGACUCGCUGCUUUUGUGACUCUUGCUAUUUGGUGUGUGGUGGGCUUUGGCCAUGCCCCUGUCUUCACGAUGCCUGAGGUCCAGGAUGUCAGCGGAGAGCACCGCUGCUUCGAGCCAAAUCAAAGCACUGCCACUGUGACCGGCUUCAACUAUGCUCGCUUCAGCGUGGGCUUCCUUGGUCCACUUAUAGUGCUAAUCUUCACCAACCAUAGCAUCUUGGCCAGUGUGCGUGCUAGCGCGAGCAUAACCGUGCACCAGAAGCAAAAGGUGCGUCGCUUGGCUGUGGCUGUCGUGCUCCUCUUCCUGAUCUGCUUCGGCCCAUACCACCUGCUCCUUCUUUUACAUGCCAUUACUUACCAUUUCCCAUCACUGCUGGCUGACUGCCACUUUGAACAGCACGUCUACACACCCUACAUCAUCUCACUGGGCUUGUCCACAAUCAACAGUGCUGCUAAUCCUGUCCUGUACAUGCUGUCCAGCGAUAACAUCAAAAAGGAGUUUCGGGGCUGUGUGACGGGCCUCAGGAGUAGGUGCUGUCAAUGCUGCAUAGAUCCCAGCCAGGACGUGAGCACAAAAACUCUUAAUACACAAGUCCAAGGGACCAGAAUGGACUGAGAACUGAUUAUCAUAAAUAUGAGCUGUUUUACAGGACAUUUUGAAGUGUUCAGGAAAGCUAUAAAGAUGUGGAGUAGAAGAGUAAAAUAUUUUUGUCUGGGACAAACUGAUUGGACUUAUGGAUAAGAGUUUCUGCCUGAUGCUGUAAAUGGCCUUUCUAAUGCAUAAUGACCACUGAAAGGUCUAUAAAAUGAUUUUUUUAUAUCACCAUUUUCAGUAACAGCAUGCAAAAUAAAUGUAGAAAUUGGACACUGUACAAAACAAUCGGAAGCCUUCUUGAGAACCUCAAGCUUUACAAAAAUCUCAAAAACAUCCGUGAGAGCGUCUCCGUGCUGUUAGAGGCCUGUGUAGGUAGUCAGGAAAACCACCGAAACCAUAAGUAAGCAGCAUUUAGCAGUGACUGCAGCAGAAACUCCCACAAUGCAGCUUUUGAAGCUCUUGGCAUGUUUGAC